AUGACCCCUACAACAAUGACUACAACUUCACCUUCAUCAACCAUAACAGUGACACCAACCUCCAUGACUACAUCCUUGGAAACUACAACGACUACUCCAAUCACAACUCCAAUCACAACACCAUCAACAACCACUGAAUAUACUACAGUGACAACAAUGAAACCUACAACUUCACCUUCAACAACCAUGACCACAUCCUUGGAAACUACAACUGCACCUCCAACAACAACGACUUCUCCAAUCAAAACACAAUCAACAACCACUGAAUUUACUACAGUGACAACAAUGACCCCUACAACAACAACUACAAUUUCACCUUCAACAACCAUGACCACAUCCAUGGAAACUACAACUGCACCUCCAACAACGACGACUACUCCAAUCACAACUACAACUUCACCUCCAACAACGACGACUACUCCAAUCACAACUACAACUUCACCUCCAACAACGACGACUUCUCCAAUAACAACAUCAUCAACAACCACUGAAUUUACUACAGUGACAACAAUGUCCCCUUCAACAACCAUAACUGUGACACCAACAAUCAUGACCACAUCCAUGGAAACUACUACUGCACCUCCAACAACAAUGACUUCUCCAAUAACAACACCAUCAACAACAACCACUGAAUUUACUUCAGUGACUACAACUUCACCUUCAACAACCAUAACUGUGACACCAACAACCAUAACAACAUCCAUGGAAACUACGACUGCACCUCUAACAACAACAACACCAUCAACAACCACUGAAUUUACUACAGUGACAACAAUGACCCCUACAACAACAACUACAAUUUCACCUUCAACAACCAUGACCACAUCCUUGGAAACUGCAACGACUACUCCAAUCACAACUACAACUUCACCUCCAACAACGACGACUUCUCCAAUAACAACGUCAUCAACCACCACUGAAUUUACUACAGUGACUACAACUUCACCUUCAUCAACCAUAACUGUGACACCAACCUCCAUGACCACAUCCUUGGAAACUACAAUGACUACUCCAAUCACAACUACAACUUCACCUCCAACAACGACGACUUCUCCAAUAACAACAUCAUCAACCACCACUGAAUUUCCUACAGUGAUUACAACUUCACCUUCAUCGACCAUAACUGUGACACCAACCUCCAUGACCACAUCCCUGGAAACUACAACGGCACCUCCAACAACAACUCCAAUCACAACACCAUCAACAACCACUGAAUUUACUACAGUGACAACAAUGACCCCUACAACAACAACAACAAUUUCACCUUCAACAACCAUGACCACAUCCAUGGAAACUACAACUGCACCUCCAACAACGACAACGUCUCCAAUAACAACAUCAUCAACAACCACUGAAUUUACUACAGUGACUACAACUUCACCUUCAUCAACCAUAACUGUGACACCAACCUCCAUGACCACAUCCCUGGAAACUACAACGGCACCUCCAAUCACAACACAAUCAACAACCACUGAAUUUACUACAGUGACUACAACUUCACCUUCAUCAACUAUAACUAUGACACCAACCUCCAUGACCACAUCCCUGGAAACUACAACGGCACCUCCAACAACAACGACUUCUCCAAUCACAACACCAUCAACAACCACUGAAUUUACUACAGUGACAACAAUGACCCCUACAACUUCACCUUCAACAACCAUGACCACAUCCUUGGAAACUACAACUGCACCUCCAACAACAACGACUUCUCCAAUCACAACACAAUCAACAACCACUGAAUUUACAACAAUGACCCCUACAACAACAACAAUUUCACCUUCAACAACCAUGACCACAUCCAUGGAAACUACAACUGCACCUCCAACAACGACGACUACUCCAAUCACAACUACAACUUCACCUCCAACAACGACGACUACUCCAAUCACAACUACAACUUCACCUCCAACAACGACGACUUCUCCAAUAACAACAUCAUCAACAACCACUGAAUUUACUACAGUGACAACAAUGUCCCCUUCAACAACCAUAACUGUGACACCAACAAUCAUGACCACAUCCAUGGAAACUACGACAACCAUAACUGUGACACCAACAACCAUGACAACAUCCAUGGAAACUACGACUGCACCUCCAAAAACAACACCAUCAACAACCACUGAAUUUACUACAGUGACAACAAUAACCCCUACAACUUCACCUUCAACAACCAUAACUGUGACACCAACAACCAUGACAACAUCCAUGGAAACUACAACUGCACCUCCAACGACAACGACUUCUCCAAUCACAACACAAUCAACAACCACUGAAUUUACAACAAUGACCCCUACAACAACAACAACAAUUUCACCUUCAACAACCAUGACCACAUCCAUGGAAACUACAACUGCACCUCCAACAACGACGACUACAAUCACAACUACAACUUCACCUCCAACAACGGCGACUACUCCAAUCACAACUACAACUUCACCUCCAACAACGACGACUUCUCCAAUAACAACAUCAUCAACAACCACUGAAUUUACUACAGUGACAACAAUGUCCCCUUCAACAACCAUAACUGUGACACCAACAAUCAUGACCACAUCCAUGGAAACUACGACUGCACCUCAAACAACAAUGACUUCUCCAAUAACAACACCAUCAACAACAACCACUGAAUUUACUACAGUGACAACAAUGACCCCUACAACUUCACUUUCAACAACCAUGACCACAUCCAUGGAAACUACGACUGCACCUCCAACAACAAUGACUUCUCCAAUAACAACACCAUCAACAACCACUGAAUUUACUACAGUGACAACAAUGACUCCUCCAACAAUGACUACAACUUCACCUUCAUCAACCAUAACUGUGACACCAACCUCCAUGACCACAUCCUUGGAAACUACGACUACUCCAAUCACAACUACAACUUCACCUCCAACAACGACGACUUCUCCAAUCACAACACAAUCAACAACCACUGAAUUUACUACAGUGACUACAACUUCACCUUCAUCAACUAUAACUGUGACACCAACCUCCAUGACCACAUCCCUGGAAACUACAACGGCACCUCCAACAACAACUCCAAUCACAACACCAUCAACAACCACGGAAUUUACUACAGUGACAACAAUGACCCCUACAACUUCACCUUCAACAACCAUGACCACAUCCUUGGAAACUACAACUGCACCUCCAACAACAACGACUUCUCCAAUCACAACACAAUCAACAACCACUGAAUUUACAACAAUGACCCCUACAACAACAACAACAAUUUCACCUUCAACAACCAUGACCACAUCCAUGGAAACUACAACUGCACCUCCAACAACGACGACUACUCCAAUCACAACUACAACUUCACCUCCAACAACGACGACUACUCCAAUCACAACUACAACUUCACCUCCAACAACGACGACUUCUCCAAUAACAACAUCAUCAACAACCACUGAAUUUACUACAGUGACAACAAUGUCCCCUUCAACAACCAUAACUGUGACACCAACAAUCAUGACCACAUCCAUGGAAACUAUGGAAACUACGACUGCACCUCCAACAACGACGACUACUCCAAUCACAACUACAACUUCACCUCCAACAACGACGACUACUCCAAUCACAACUACAACUUCACCUCCAACAACAAUGACUUCUCCAAUCACAACACAAUCAACAACCACUGAAUUUACAACAAUGACCCCUACAACAACAACAACAAUUUCACCUUCAACAACCAUGACCACAUCCAUGGAAACUACAACUGCACCUCCAACAACGACGACUACUCCAAUCACAACUACAACUUCACCUCCAACAACGACGACUACUCCAAUCACAACUACAACUUCACCUCCAACAACGACGACUUCUCCAAUAACAACAUCAUCAACAACCACUGAAUUUACUACAGUGACAACAAUGUCCCCUUCAACAACCAUAACUGUGACACCAACAAUCAUGACCACAUCCAUGGAAACUACGACUGCACCUCCAACAACAAUGACUUCUCCAAUAACAACACCAUCAACAACCACUGAAUUUACUACAGUGACAACAAUGACCCCUACAACAACAACUACAACUUCACCUUCAACAACCAUGACCACAUCCUUGGAAACUACAACUGCACCUCCAACAACAAUAACUUCUCCAAUCACAACACAAUCAACAACCACUGAAUUUACUACAGUGACAACAAUGACCCCUACAACAACAACUACAAUUUCACCUUCAACAACCAUGACCACAUCCUUGGAAACUGCAACGACUACUCCAAUCACAACUACAACUUCACCUCCAACAACGACGACUUCUCCAAUAACAACAUCAUCAACCACCACUGAAUUUACUACAGUGAUUACAACUUCACCUUCAUCAACCAUAACUGUGACACCAACCUCCAUGACCACAUCCCUGGAAACUACAAUGGCACCUCCAACAACAACUCCAAUCACAACACCAUCAACAACCACUGAAUUUACUACAGUGACCCUGACAACAAUGUCCCCUUCAACAACCAUAACUGUGACACCAACAAUCAUGACCACAUCCAUGGAAACUACGACUGCACCUCCAACAACAGUGACUUCUCCAAUAACAACACCAUCAACAACAACCACUGAAUUUACUACAGUGACUACAACUUCACCUUCAACAACCAUGACAACAUCCAUGGAAACUACGACUGCACCUCCAACAACAACACCAUCAACAACCACUGAAUUUACUACAGUGACAACAAUGACCCCUACAACUUCACCUUCAACAACCAUGACCACAUCCUUGGAAACUACAACUGCACCUCCAACAACAAUAACUUCUCCAAUCACAACACAAUCAACAACCACUGAAUUUACUACAGUGACAACAAUGACCCCUACAACAACAACUACAAUUUCACCUUCAACAACCAUGACCACAUCCUUGGAAACUGCAACGACUUCUCCAAUCAAAACUACAACUUCACCUCCAACAACGACGACUUCUCCAAUAACAACAUCAUCAACCACCACUGAAUUUACUACAGUGAUUACAACUUCACCUUCAUCAACCAUAACUGUGACACCAACCUCCAUGACCACAUCCCUGGAAACUACAACGGCACCUCCAACAACAACUCCAAUCACAACACCAUCAACAACCACUGAAUUUACUACAGUGACGACAAUGACCCGUACAACUUCACCUUCAACAACCAUGACCACAUCCUUGGAAACUACAACUGCACCUCCAACGACAACGUCUUCUCCAAUCACAACACAAUCAACAACCACUGAAUUUACAACAAUGACCCCUACAACAACAACAACAAUUUCACCUUCAACAACCAUGACCACAUCCAUGGAAACUACAACUGCACCUCCAACAACGACGACUACUCCAAUCACAACUACAACUUCACCUCCAACAACGACGACUACUCCAAUCACAACUACAACUUCACCUCCAACAACGACGACUUCUCCAAUAACAACAUCAUCAACAACCACUGAAUUUACUACAGUGACAACAAUGUCCCCUUCAACAACCAUAACUGUGACACCAACAAUCAUGACCACAUCCAUGGAAACUACGACUGCACCUCCAACAACAAUGACUUCUCCAAUAACAACACCAUCAACAACAACCACUGAAUUUACUACAGUGACUACAACUUCACCUUCAACAACCAUAACUGUGACACCAACAACCAUGACAACAUCCAUGGAAACUACGACUGCACCUCCAACAACAACACCAUCAACAACCACUGAAUUUACUACAGUGACAACAAUCACUCCUACAACAACAACAACAAUUUCACCUUCAACAACCAUGACCACAUCCAUGGAAACUACGACUUCUCCAAUCACAACAUCAGCAACAACGACUGAAUUUACUACAGUGACUACAACUUCACCUUCAUCAACCAUAACUGUGACACCAACAACCAUGACCACAUCCAUGGAAACUACGACUGCACCUCCAACAACAAUGACUUCUCCAAUAACAACACCAUCAACAACCACUGAAUUUACUACAGUGACAACAAUGACCCCUACAACAACAACUACAAUUUCACCUUCAACAACCAUGACCACAUCCUUGGAAACUGCAACGACUUCUCCAAUCACAACUACAACUUCACCUCCAACAACGACGACUUCUCCAAUAACAACAUCAUCAACCACCACUGAAUUUACUACAGUGAUUACAACUUCACCUUCAUCAACCAUAACUGUGACACCAACCUCCAUGACCACAUCCCUGGAAACUACAACGGCACCUCCAACAACAACUCCAAUCACAACACCAUCAACAACCACUGAAUUUACUACAGUGACGACAAUGACCCGUACAACUUCACCUUCAACAACCAUGACCACAUCCUUGGAAACUACAACUGCACCUCCAACGACAACGACUUCUCCAAUCACAACACAAUCAACAACCACUGAAUUUACAACAAUGACCCCUACAACAACAACAACAAUUUCACCUUCAACAACCAUGACCACAUCCAUGGAAACUACAACUGCACCUCCAACAACGACGACUACUCCAAUCACAACUACAACUUCACCUCCAACAACGACGACUUCUCCAAUAACAACAUCAUCAACAACCACUGAAUUUACUACAAUAACAACACCAUCAACAACAACCACUGAAUUUACUACAGUGACUACAACUUCACCUUCAACAACCAUAACUGUGACACCAACAACCAUGACAACAUCCAUGGAAACUACGACUGCACCUCCAACAACAACACCAUCAACAACCACUGAAUUUACUACAGUGACAACAAUCACUCCUACAACAACAACAACAAUUUCACCUUCAACAACCAUGACCACAUCCAUGGAAACUACGACUUCUCCAAUCACAACAUCAGCAACAACGACUGAAUUUACUACAGUGACUACAACUUCACCUUCAUCAACCAUAACUGUGACACCAACAACCAUGACCACAUCCAUGGAAACUACGACUGCACCUCCAACAACAAUGACUUCUCCAAUAACAACACCAUCAACAACAACCACUGAAUUUACUACAGUGACUACAACUUCACCUUCAACAACCAUAACUGUGACACCAACAACCAUGACAACAUCCAUGGAAACUACGACUGCACCUCCAACAACAACACCAUCAACAACCACUGAAUUUACUACAGUGACAACAAUGACCCCUACAACUUCACCUUCAACAACCAUGACCACAUCCUUGGAAACUACAACUGCACCUCCAACAACAAUGACUUCUCCAAUCACAACACAAUCAACAACCACUGAAUUUACAACAAUGACCCCUACAACAACAACAACAAUUUCACCUUCAACAACCAUGACCACAUCCAUGGAAACUACAACUGCACCUCCAACAACGACGACUACUCCAAUCACAACUACAACUUCACCUCCAACAACGACGACUACUCCAAUCACAACUACAACUUCACCUCCAACAACGACGACUUCUCCAAUAACAACAUCAUCAACAACCACUGAAUUUACUACAGUGACAACAAUGUCCCCUUCAACAACCAUAACUGUGACACCAACAAUCAUGACCACAUCCAUGGAAACUACGACUUCACCAAUAACAACACCAUCAACAACAACCACUGAAUUUACUACAGUGACUACAACUUCACCUUCAACAACCAUAGCUGUGACACCAACAACCAUGACAACAUCCAUGGAAACUACAACUGCACCUCCAACAACACCAUCAACAACCACUGAAUUUACUACAGUGACAACAAUGACCCCUACAACAACAACAAGAAUUUCACCUUCAACAACCAUGACCACAUCCAUGGAAACUACGACUUCUCCAAUCACAACAUCAGCAACAACGACUGAAUUUACUACAGUGACUACAACUUCACCUUCAUCAACCAUAACUGUGACACCAACAACCAUGACCACAUCCAUGGAAACUACGACUGCACCUCCAACAACAAUGACUUCUCCAAUAACAACACCAUCAACAACCACUGAAUUUACUACAGUGACAACAAUGACCCCUACAACAAUGACUACAACUUCACCUUCAACAACCAUAACUGUGACACCAACAACCAUGACCACAUCCAUGGAAACUACCACUGCACCUCCAACAACAACACCAUCAACAACCACUGAAUUUACUACAGUGACAACAAUGACUCCUCCAACAAUGACUACAACGUCACCUUCAUCAACCAUAACUGUGACACCAACCUCCAUGACCACAUCCUUGGAAACUACGACUACUCCAAUCACAACUACAACUUCACCUCCAACAACGACGACUUCGCCAAUCACAACACAAUCAACAACCACUGAAUUUACUACAGUGACUACAACUUCACCUUCAUCAACUAUAACUGUGACACCAACCUCCAUGACCACAUCCCUGGAAACUACAACGGCACCUCCAACAACAACUCCAAUCACAACACCAUCAACAACCACUGAAUUUACUACAGUGACUACAACUUCACCUUCAUCAACUAUAACUGUGACACCAACAACCAUGACCACAUCCAUGGAAACUACGACUGCACCUCCAACAACGACGACUUCUCCAAUCACAACAUCAGCAACAACAACUGAAUUUACUACAGUGACUACAACUUCACCUUCAUCAACCAUAACUGUGACACCAACAACCAUGACCACAUCCAUGGAAACUAUGACAGCACCUCCAACAAGAACAACAUCUCCAAUCACAACACAAUCAACAACCACUGAAUUUACAACAGUGACAACAAUGAACCCUACAACUUCACCUUCAUCAACCAUAACUGUGACACCAUCCUCCAUGACCACAUCCCUGGAAACUACAACGGCACCUCCAACAACAACUCCAAUCACAACACCAUCAACAACCACUGAAUUUACUACAGUAACAACAAUGACUCCUACAACUUCACCUUCAACAACCAUGACCACAUCCUUGGAAACUACAACUGCACCUCCAACAACAUCUCCAAUCACAACACCAUCAACAACCACUGAAAUUACUACAGUGACAACAAUGUCCCCUACAACAACAACUACAAGUUCACCUUCAACAACUAUAACUGUGACACCAACAACCAUGACCACAUCCAUGGAAACUACAACUGCACAUCCAACAACAAUGACUUCUCCAAUCACAACACAAUCAACAACCACUGAAUUUACUACAGUGACAACAAUGACCCCUACAACAACAACUAAAAUUUCACCUUCAACAACCAUGACCACAUCCAUGGAAACUACGACUGCACCUCCAACAACAACGACUUCUCCAAUCACAACAUCAGCAACAACGACUGAAUUUACUACAGUGACUACAACUUCACCUUCAUCAACCAUAACUGUGGCACCAACAACCAUGACCACAUCCAUGGAAACUACGACUGCACCUCCAACAACAAUGACUUCUCCAAUAUCAACACCAUCAACAACCACUGAAUUUACUACAGUGACUACAACUUCACCUUCAACAACCAUAACUGUGACACCAACAACCAUGUCCACAUCCAUGGAAACUACGACUGCACCUCCAACAUCAACACCAUCAACAACCACUGAAUUUACUACAGUGACAACAAUGACUCCUCCAACAAUGACUACAACUUCACCUUCAUCAACCAUAGCUGUGACACCAACCUCUAUGACCACAUCCUUGGAAACUACGACUACUCCAAUCACAACUACAACUUCACCUCCAACAACGACGACUUCUCCAAUCACAACACAAUCAACAACCAUUGAAUUUACUACAGUGACUACAACUUCACCUUCAUCAACUAUAACUGUGACACCAACCUCCAUGACCACAUCCCUGGAAACUACAACGGCACCUCCAACAACAACCACUGAAUUUACUACAGUGACAAAAAUGACCCCUAGAACUUCACCUUCAACAACCAUGACCACAUCCAUGGAAACUACGACUGCACCUCCAACAACAACGAUGACUUCUCCAAUAACAACAUCAUCAACAACCACUGAAUUUACUACAGUGACUACAACUUCACCUUCAUCAACAAUAACUGUGACACCAACCUCCAUGACCACAUCCCUGGAAACUACAAUGGCACCUCUAACAACAACUCCAAUCACAACACCAUCAACAACCUCUGAAUUUACUACAAUGACAACAAUGACCCCUACAACUUCACCUUCAACAACCAUGACCACAUCCCUGGAAACUACAACAGAACCUCCAACAACAACUCCAAUCACAACACCAUCAACAACCACUGAAUUUACUACAGUGACAACAAUGACCCCUACAACUUCACCUUCAACAACCAUGACCACAUCCUUGGAAACUACAACUGAACCUCCAACAACAACGACUUCUCCAAUCACAACACAAUCAACAACCACUGAAUUUACUACAGUGACUACAACUUCACCUUCAUCAACCAUGACCACAUCCUUGGAAACUACAACUGAACCUCCAACAACAACAACAUCUCCAAUCACAACACAAUCAACAACCACUGAAUUUACAACAGUGACAACAAUGAACCCUACAACUUCACCUUCAUCAACCAUAACUGUGACACCAUCCUCCAUGACCACAUCCCUGGAAACUACAACAGAACCUCCAACAACAACUCCAAUCACAACACCAUCAACAACCGCUGAAUUUACUACAGUGACAACAAUGACCCCUACAACUUCACCUUCAACAAUCAUAACUGUGACACCAACAACCAUGACCACAUCCAUGGAAACUACGACAGCACCUCUAACAACAACAACCACUGAAAUUACUACAGUGACAACAAUGUCCCCUACAACAACAACUACAAGUUCACCUUCAACAACUAUAACUGUUACACCAACAACCAUGACCACAUCCAUGGAAACUACGACUGCACCUCCAACAACAAUGUCUUCUCAAAUCACAACACCAUCAACAACCACUGAAUUUUCUACAGUGACAACAAUGACCCCUACAACAAUGACUACAACUUCACCUUCAACAACCAUAACUGUGACACCAACCUCCAUGACCACAUCCUUGGAAACUACAACUGCACCUCCAACAACAACUCCAAUCACAACACAAUCAACAACCACUGAAUUUACUACAGUGACAACAAUGACCCCUACAACAACAACUACAAUUUCACCUUCAACAACUAUAACUGUGACACCAACAACCAUGACCACAUCCAUGGAAACUACGACUGCACCUCCAACAACAACAACUUCUCCAAUCACAACACCAUCAACAACCACUGAAUUUACUACAGUGACUACAACUUCACCUUCAUCAACUAUAACUGUGACACCAACCUCCAUGACCACAUCCCUGGAAACUACAACGGCACCUCCAACAACAACUCCAAUCACAACACCAUCAACAACCACUGAAUUUACUACAGUGACAACAAUGACCCCUAAAACUUCACCUUCAACAACCAUGACCACAUCCAUGGAAACUACGACUGUACCUCCAACAACAACGACUUCUCCAAUCACAACACAAUCAACAACCACUGAAUUUACAACAGUGACAACAAUGAACCCUACAACUUCACCUUCAUCAAAAAUAACUGUGACACCAACCUCCAUGACCACAUCCUUGGAAACUACAAUGGCACCUCCAACAACAAUUCCAAUCACAACACCAUCAACAACCACUGAAUUUAACACAGUCACAACAAUGAUCUCUACAACUUCACCUUCAACAACCAUAACUGUGACACCAACAACCAUGACCACAUCCAUGGAAACUACGACAGCAUCUCCAACAACAACUUCUCCAAUCACAACACCAUCAACAGCCACUGAAAUUACUACAGUGACAACAAUAUCCCCUACAACAACAACUACAAGUUCACCUUCAACAACCAUAACUGUGACACCAACAACCAUGACCACAUCCAUGGAAACUACGACUGCACCUCCAACAACAAUGACUUCUCCAAUCACAACAUCAUCAACAACCACUGAAUUUACUACAGUGAAAACAAUGUCCCCUACAACAACAACUACAAUUUCACCUUCAACAAUGACCCCUUCAACAACUAUAACUGUGACACCAACAACCAUGACCACAUCCAUGGAAACUACGACUGCACCUCCAACAACAACACCAUCAACAACCACUGAAUUUACUACAGUGACAACAAUGACCCCUACAACAAUGACUACAACUUCACCUUCAUCAACCAUAACUGUGACACCAACCUCCAUGACCACAUCCUUGGAAACUACAACUGCACCUCCAACCACACAAUCAACAACCACUGAAUUUACUACAGUGGCAACAAUGACCCCUACUACAACAACAACCAUGACCACAUCCAUGGAAACUAUGACUGCACCUCCAAAAACAACGACCACUACAUUUACUACAGUGACAACAAUUGACAACAAUGACCCCUACAACAAUGACUACAACUUCACCUUCAUCAACCAUAACUGUGACACCAACCUCCAUGACCACAUCCUUGGAAACAACAACAACUACUCCAAUAACAACUACAACUUGACUACAACUUCACCUUCAUCAACCAUAUCUGUGACACCAACCUCCAUGAUCACAUCCAUGGAAACUACAACUGCACCUCAAACAACAUCAUCAUCAACAACUACUGAAUUUACUACAGUGACAACAAUGACCCCUACAACAUCAGCUACAAUUUCACCUUCAACAACCAUGACCACAUCCAUGGAAACUACGACUGCACCUCCAACAUCAGCAACAACCACUGAAUUUACUACAGUGACUACAACUUCACCUUCAUCAACCAUAACUGUUACACCAACAACCAUGACCACAUCCAUGGAAACUACAUCUGCACCUCCAACAACAAUGACUUCUCCAAUCACAACAUCAUCAACAACCACUGAAUUUACUACAGUGACAACAUCGUCCCCUACAACAACAACUACAAUUUCACCUUCAACAAUGACCCCUUCAACAACUAUAACUGUGACACCAACAACCAUGACCACAUCCAUGGAAACUACGACAUCACCUCUAACAACAACACCAUCAACAACCACUGAAUUUACUACAGUGACAACAAUGACCCCUACAACAAUGACUACAACUUCACCUUCAUCAACCAUAACUGUGACACCAACCUCUAUGACCACAUCCUUGGAAACUACAACGGCACCUCCAACAACAACGACGACUACUCCAAUCACAAUUACCACUGCACCUCCAACAACAACGGCACCUCCAAUCACAACACCAUCAAUGACCACUGAAUUUACUACAGUGACAGCUUCACCUUCAACAACCAUGACCACAUCCAUGGAAACUACAACUUCUCCAAUCACAAUACCAUCAACAACCACUGAAUUUAUUACAGUGACAACAAUAACCCCUACAACAAAACCUACAAUUUCACCUUCAACAACUAUAACUGUGACACCAACAACCAUGAUCACAUCCUUGGAAACUACAACGGCACCUCCAACAACAACAACUACUCCAAUCACAACACCAUCAACAACCACCGAAUUUAUUACAGUGUCAACAAUGACCCCUACAAAAAUGACUACACCUUCAUCAACCAUAACUGUGACACCAACUUCCAUGACCACGUCCUUGGAAACUACAACUGAACCUCAAACAACAAUGACUACUCCAAUCACAAAUACAACUGCACCUCCAACAACGACGACUUCUCCAAUCACAACAUCAUCAACAACCGCUGAAUUUACUACAGUGACUACAACUUCACCUUCAUCAACCAUAACUGUAACACCAACCUCCAUGACCACAUCCUUGGAAACUACAACAGCGCCUCCAACAACAACAACUGUUCCAAUCACAACACCAUCAACAACCACUGAAUUUACAACAGUGACAACAAUGACCCCUACAACAAUGACUACAACUUCACUUCCAUCAAAAAUAACUGUGACACCAAUCUCCAUGACCACAUCCUUGGAAACUUCAACGACGUCUACUCCAAUCACAACACCAUCAACAACCACUGAAUUUACUACAGUGACAACUUCACCUUCAACAACCAUGAGUACAUCCAUGGAAACUACAACUGCACCUCCAACAACAACGACUACUCCAAUCACAACUACAACUGCACCUCCAACAACGACCCCUGAAUUUACUACAGUGACAACAAUGACUCCUACAACAACAACUACUACAAUUUCACCUUCAACAACCAUAACUGUGACACCAACCUCCAUGACCACAUCCUUGGAAACUACAACAGCACAUCCAACAACAACGACUAUUCCAAUCACAACUACAACUGCGCCUCCAACAACGACCACUGAAUUUACUACAGUGACAACAAUGACCCCUACAACAACUAAAAUUUCACCUUCAACAACUAUAACUGUGACACCAACAACCAUGAUCACAUCCAUUGAAACUACAACUGCACCUCAAACAACGAUGACUUCUCCAAUCACAACACCAUCAACAACCACUGAAUUUACAACAGUGACAACAAUGACCCCUACAACAACUAAAAUUUCACCUUCAACAACUAUAACUGUGACACCAAACUCCAUGACCACAUCCUUGGAAACUACAACUUCACCUCAAACAACAAUGACUACUCCAAUCACAACUACAACUGCACCUCCAACAACGACGACUUCUCCAAUCACAACAUCAUCAACAACCACUGAAUUUACUACAGUGAUUACAACUUCACCUUCAUCAACCAUAACUGUGACACCAACCUCCAUGACCACAUCCUUGGAAACUACAACAGCGCCUCCAACAACAACGACUUCUCCAAUCACAACACCAUCAACAACCACUGAAUUUACUACAGUGACAACAAUGACCCCUAAAACAAUGACUACAACUACACCUUCAUCAACCAUAUCUGUGACACCAACCUCCAUGAACACAUCCUUGGAUACUACAACGGCACCUCCAACAACAACUCCAAUCACAACACCAUCAACAACCACUGAAUUGACUACACUAACAACAAUGAUCCCUACAACUUUACCUUCAACAAACAUAACCACAUCCAUGGAAACUAUGACUUCACCUCCAACAACGACGACUACUCCAAUCACAACACCAUCAAUAACCCCUGAAUUUACUACAGUGACAAUAAUGACCCCUACAAAAACAACUACAAUCACAUCCAUGGAAACUACAACUGCACCUCAAACAACGAUGACUUCUCCAAUCACAACAUCAUCAACAACAACUGAAUUUACAACAGUGACAACAAUGACCCCUACAAAAAUGACUACAACUUCACCUCCAUCAAUCAUAACUGUGACACCAACCUCUAUGACCACAUCCUUGGAAACUACAACUUCACCUCAAACAACAAUGACUACUCCAAUCACAACUACAAUUGCACCUCCAACAACGACGGCUUCUCCAAUCACAACAUCAUCAACAACCACUGAAUUUACUACAAUGAGAACAAUGACCCCUACAUCAUCAACUGCAUCUUCAGCAACUUCACCUUCAACAACCAUAAAUGUGACACCAACAACCAUGAUGACAUCCUUGGAAACUACAACUGCACCUCCAACAAUAAUGACUUCUCCAAUCACAACACCAUCAACAACCACUGAAUUUAUUACAGUGUCUACAAUGACCCCUACAAAUACAACUACAUAUUCAGCAUCUACAACUGCAAAUUCAACAAUCACAAAUAUAUCUGAAUUCACAAAAACAUCAUCGACAACCACUGAAGAAUCAACAACAACAAUGACCCAAACAACCAUGCCUACAUCCUCAGCAACUACAACUACACCUCCAAUAACAUCUACUGUUCCAACAACAUCAUAUUCAACAAGUACCACAAACGUUUCAACAACAACUAUGAAUCCCACAACAAUGCCUACAUCUUCAACAAUGACAGCUGAUCAUUCAACAACAAUAACUGUGACACACACAGCCAUGCCUACAUCCUCAGCAACUACAACUGCACCUCCAACAACCAAAACUACUUCUCCAACCACAACUCCAUCAUCAAAAACAACCACUGACAUUUCUUCAUCAUCCUCAGCAACUACAACUACACCUUCAAUAACAUCUACUGUUCCAACAACACAAAGUUCAACAAGUACCACAGAUAUUUCAACAACAGCUAUGAAUCCCACAACAAUGCCUACAUCUUCAACAACAACAGCUGCACAUUCAACAACUAUAUCUGUGACACCAACAACCAUGGCCACAUCCAUGGUAACUGCAACUGCACCUCCAACAACAACAACUACUACUCCAAUUACAACACCUUCAACAGCCACUGAAUUUCCAUUGGUGACAACAAUAACCCCUACAACAACAACUACAUCAUCAGCAACUACAUUUUCACCUUCAACAACCAUAACUGUGACACCAACAACCAUGACCACAUCCUUGGAAACUACAACUGCACCUCAAACAACAACGACUUCUCCAAUACCAACACCAUCAACAACCACUGAAUUUUCUACAAUGACACCAUUGAAUCCCUUAAAAACAACUACAUCUUCAGCUACUUCAAAUUCACCUUCAACAAACACCACUAUGACCCCAACAACCAUGACUAUAUCCUCGGCAAAUAUAACUGCAUUUCCAAUGACCUCUACUACAUCUCAAAUUGCAACACCAUCAUCAUCAACCACUGAAUUUUCUACAACGGCAACUGUGGCACCCACAUCCAUAUCCACAUCUUCAGCAACUUUGAGUGCACCUCAAACAACAGCUACUGCUCCAACAACACAACAACCAUCAACAAAAACCACUGGUGUUUUGACAACAAUUAUGACCCAAACAACCAUGCCUACAUCCUCACCAACUACAAUUGCACCUCCAACAACAUCUACCACUCCAACAAUUAUGCCAUAUUCAACAAGUACCACAGAAGUUUCAACAAUUACAACAAUGAAUCCCACAACAGUGCCUAUAUCUUCAACAACUACAGCUGCACCUACAACAACAAUAUCUGUGACCCCAACAAUCAUGUCUACGUCUUCAGCAACUACAACUAAACCUCCGACAACCACAACUACUUAUCCAACAACAAUUCCACCAUCAGCAACAAUCACUGAAGUUUCUACAACAACAAUGCCUACAUCUUCAGCAACAAGAGCACCAACAACUACAACAACUUCUCUAAUCACACCAACAACCACUGAAUUUUCUACAAUGACAUCUGUGGCCCCCACAUCCAUAUCUACAUCUUCAGCAACUAUGAGUGCACCUCCAACAACACAACAAACAUCAACAAAAACCACUGAUAUUCCGAUAACAAAUACGACACCAACAAUGAUGUUGACAUCCUCAGCAACUACAACAGCACUUCCAACCUCAUCUAAAGCUCCAAUCACAACAUCCUCGACAACCUCAACUGUGACCCAAACAACCAUCCCAAGAUCAUCAACAAUUACAACCACACUUUCAACAACCACAACUUCACCUUUAACAUCCACUGAGUUUUCUGCGACACCUUUGACACCAACAAUGACACCUACAUCCUCAGCAACUACAAUUGCACCUGCAACAACCAUAACUGCUUCUCCAUUCACAACACCAUCAACAAUAGCGACUAAAGUUACUACAAUGACAAAAGUGGCCCCCACUGUGACUGCAACAGCCAUGCCCUCAACAACAACAACUACACCUCUAAAAACAUCUCAAAACACAACACUAUCUUCAACAACAUCCACUGAAGCUUCUACAUCAACAACUGUGACCUCCACAACAAAACUUACAUUAUCAGCAACUACAACUGCACCCCCAUCUCUAACUAAAUCUACUGUGGCCCAAUCAACCAUUCCUACAUCCUCAAACACUGCAAAUGUAUCUAAAACAACUACUACUAAAGAAACAACAACAUAUUCAACAACACCCGCUGUAGGUUUUACAACCACAAUUAUGCUCCCUAAAACCUUGCUUACAUCCUCAGCAUCUACAACAGCACUUCCAACAACCUCAUCUAUUUCCACACUAACAAGUGAAGCCUCUACACUCACAGUUGUAACCCCUACAACAAUUUCUAUGUCCUCAUUAACCCCAACUGCACCUCAAACAACAACUACUGCUCCAAAUGCAGCAACACUAACUUCUUCAAACACUUUGACCCUCACAACAAUGUCUACUUCAUUAGCUACUUCAACUGCAUAUUCAAAAUCUCCAUCUUCAACAACAACUGUGACCCCCACAAUCACACCUCUGUCCUCAGUAAAUAAAACUGCACUGCCAGCAAUAAGUACUGCUCCAAGAACUACACCAUCUUCAACAACAACAACUGGUGCUUCUCCAAUGACAACUCUGACCCCCACCACCAUGCCAACAUCCUCAGUAACUACAACUGCACCUCCAACAAUUACAACUAACGCUCCAAUACUAAUGCCAUUUACAGCAAACACAACUGAAGCUCAUACACCUAAAACCACUGAAGCUGAUAUAACAUUGAAACCCAGCAUUAUGCCUACAUCCUCAGCAACAACACUUACAACUUCAGAAUCUAAAGUUACAUCUCAACCAACCACAGCUGUUCCUAUGAGCUCUAGAACAACAGCUACAACCAUAACUACUGAGACGACCCCUACUUCUACCACAACCAUGACGCCCACAACUAUGCUUACUUUUAAAUCUACACUUUCUCCUACAAAAACAGAUGAAAAGCAUACACUCACAGCUGUGAGCCCCACUGCCAUUCCUUUGUACUCAUCAAUUUCUCCUGCCUCACCAAAAACCACAACUACAUCAAUAAACACGACUACACCUCUGAGUACAAAAUCUCAAAACAUAUCCACUAUAUUGCCAGCCACAAUGCCACUUCUCACUCACACCACCAGGACUGCAACAGAAACUACAUUAUCAGAAGCUCAAACAACAAAAGCACCAAGUACAACCAAAACAACUCAGAAUAUUACAAAUCCAGCAGCAACUGUGGCCAUGAACACCAUUACAAAAACUAGUUCACCUUCAACAAUCUCAACAGGUUCAGCACUGGUGACAGGCAAACUGCUGUUCAACUCCUCAUCUCCAGUCCCAAGUGAAGCUCUGGUCCUCAAUGUUAUCAGCACUCUUCUGAACUCCACAGCAUCACAGCUCAACGAAUCAGUGAAGGUGGUGAAUGUGAGCUAUGAGAAAAUCUCGGAAACCUGCUAUGCGGUCACCUUUACAUUUAACCUAAUCAACAUCAGCAUUCCAGAGGACCCUGAGCUCAGAAGCAAGACCUACCAGCAAGUGCAGGAUCUUAUCAAUAAUGCGCUGAACACUCUUCUGAAUGAGCCGGAAAGUCAACUUUUUGUACCCAAGUCAUCCAAUUUCACGACCACACUAAACCAUAUUGAGGGCAUUGUGGAAUAUACCUUCGAGGAUGGAGAUGUCAUAAAACCAGUCAGAUAUCUAAAUGAGCUUGGUUUGAACACUACAACUGUGUCUCCACUGACAACAAGCAGCUUCCCUGUGACUCCUCUAAACCAAGGCAGAUCUGGCUCUGCACUGGUGACAAGCAAACUGCUGUUCAACUCCUCAUCUCCAGUCCCAAGUGAAGCUCUGGUCCUCAGUGUUAUCAGCACUCUUCUGAACUCCAGAGCAUCACAGCUCAACGAAUCAGUGAAGGUGGUGAAUGUGAGCUAUGAGAAAAUCUCAGAAACCUGCUAUGCGGUCACCUUUACAUUUAACCUAAUCAACAUCAGCAUUCCAGAGGACCCUGAGCUCAGAAGCAAGACCUACCAGCAAGUGCAGGAUCUUAUCAAUAAUGCGCUGAACACUCUUCUGAAUGAGCCAGAAAGUCAACUUUUUGUACCCAAGUCAUCCAAUUUCACGACCACACUAAACCAUAUUGAGGGCAUUGUGGAAUAUACCUUCGAGGAUGGAGAUGUCAUAAAACCAGUCAGAUAUCUAAAUGAGCUUGGUUUGAACACUACAACUGUGUCUCCACUGACAACAAGCAGCUUCCCUGUGACUCCUCUAAACCAAGGCAGAUCUGGCUCUGCACUGGUGACAAGCAAACUGCUGUUCAACUCCUCAUCUCCAGUCCCAAGUGAAGCUCUGGUCCUCAGUGUUAUCAGCACUCUUCUGAACUCCAGAGCAUCACAGCUCAAUGAAUCAGUGAAGGUGGUGAAUGUGAGCUAUGAGAAAAUCUCAGAAACCUGCUAUGCGGUCACCUUUACAUUUAACCUAAUCAACAUCAGCAUUCCAGAGGACCCUGAGCUCAGAAGCAAGACCUACCAGCAAGUGCAGGAUCUUAUCAAUAAUGCGCUGAACACUCUUCUGAAUGAGCCGGAAAGUCAACUUUUUGUACCCAAGUCAUCCAAUUUCACGACCACACUAAACCAUAUUGAGGGCAUUGUGGAAUAUACCUUCGAGGAUGGAGAUGUCAUAAAACCAGUCAGAUAUCUAAAUGAGCUUGGUUUGAACACUACAACUGUGUCUCCACUGACAACAAGCAGCUUCCCUGUGACUCCUCUAAACCAAGGAUCUGGCUCUGCACUGGUGACAAGCAAACUGCUGUUCAACUCCUCAUCUCCAGUCCCAAGUGAAGCUCUGGUCCUCAGUGUUAUCAGCACUCUUCUGAACUCCAGAGCAUCACAGCUCAAUGAAUCAGUGAAGGUGGUGAAUGUGAGCUAUGAGAAAAUCUCAGAAACCUGCUAUGCGGUCACCUUUACAUUUAACCUAAUCAACAUCAGCAUUCCAGAGGACCCUGAGCUCAGAAGCAAGACCUACCAGCAAGUGCAGGAUCUUAUCAAUAAUGCGCUGAACACUCUUCUGAAUGAGCCAGAAAGUCAACUUUUUGUACCCAAGUCAUCCAAUUUCACGACCACACUAAACCAUAUUGAGGGCAUUGUGGAAUAUACCUUCGAGGAUGGAGAUGUCAUAAAACCAGUCAGAUAUCUAAAUGAGCUUGGUUUGAACACUACAACUGUGUCUCCACUGACAACAAGCAGCUUCCCUGUGACUCCUCUAAACCAAGGAUCUGGCUCUGCACUGGUGACAAGCAAACUGCUGUUCAACUCCUCAUCUCCAGUCCCAAGUGAAGCUCUGGUCCUCAGUGUUAUCAGCACUCUUCUGAACUCCAGAGCAUCACAGCUCAACGAAUCAGUGAAGGUGGUGAAUGUGAGCUAUGAGAAAAUCUCGGAAACCUGCUAUGCGGUCACCUUUACAUUUAACCUAAUCAACAUCAGCAUUCCAGAGGACCCUGAGCUCAGAAGCAAGACCUACCAGCAAGUGCAGGAUCUUAUCAAUAAUGCGCUGAACACUCUUCUGAAUGAGCCGGAAAGUCAACUUUUUGUACCCAAGUCAUCCAAUUUCACGACCACACUAAACCAUAUUGAGGGCAUUGUGGAAUAUACCUUCGAGGAUGGAGAUGUCAUAAAACCAGUCAGAUAUCUAAAUGAGCUUGGUUUGAACACUACAACUGUGUCUCCACUGACAACAAGCAGCUUCCCUGUGACUCCUCUAAACCAAGGCAGAUCUGGCUCUGCACUGGUGACAAGCAAACUGCUGUUCAACUCCUCAUCUCCAGUCCCAAGUGAAGCUCUGGUCCUCAGUGUUAUCAGCACUCUUCUGAACUCCAGAGCAUCACAGCUCAACGAAUUAGUGAAGGUGGUGAAUGUCAGCUAUGAGAAAAUCUCGGAAACCUGCUAUGCGGUCACCUUUACAUUUAACCUAAUCAACAUCAGCAUUCCAGAGGACCCUGAGCUCAGAAGUAAGACCUACCAGCAAGUGCAGGAUCUUAUCAAUAAUGCGCUGAACACUCUUCUGAAUGAGCCGGAAAGUCAACUUUUUGUACCCAAGUCAUCCAAUUUCACGACCACACUAAACCAUAUUGAGGGCAUUGUGGAAUAUACCUUCGAGGAUGGAGAUGUCAUAAAACCAGUCAGAUAUCUAAAUGAGCUUGGUAUGCUGAUGGGUUUGAACACUACAACUGUGUCUCCAGUGACAACAAGCAGCUUCCCUGUGACUCCUCUAAACCAAGGAUCUGUCUCUGCACUGGUGACAAGCAAACUGCUGUUCAACUCCUCAUCUCCAGUCCCAAGUGAAGCUCUGGUCCUCAGUGUUAUCAGCACUCUUCUGAACUCCAGAGCAUCACAGCUCAACGAAUCAGUGAAGGUGGUGAAUGUGAGCUAUGAGAAAAUCUCAGAAACCUGCUAUGCGGUCACCUUUACAUUUAACCUAAUGAACAUCAGCAUUCCAGAGGACCCUGAGCUCAGAAGCAAGACCUACCAGCAAGUGCAGGAUCUUAUCAAUAAUGCGCUGAACACUCUUCUGAAUGAGCCAGAAAGUCAACUUUUUGUUCCCAAAUCAUCCAAUUUCACGACCACACUAAACCAUAUUGAGGGCAUUGUGGAAUAUACCUUCGAGGAUGGAGAUGUCAUAAAACCAGUCAGAUAUCUAAAUGAGCUUGGUUUGAACACUACAACUGUGUCUCCACUGACAACAAGCAGCUUCCCUGUGACUCCUCUAAACCAAGGCAGAUCUGGCUCUGCACUGGUGACAAGCAAACUGCUGUUCAACUCCUCAUCUCCAGUCCCAAGUGAAGCUCUGGUCCUCAGUGUUAUCAGCACUCUUCUGAACUCCAGAGCAUCACAGCUCAACGAAUCAGUGAAGGUGGUGGAUGUGAGCUAUGAGAAAAUCUCGGAAACCUGCUAUGCGGUCACCUUUACAUUUAACCUAAUCAACAUCAGCAUUCCAGAGGACCCUGAGCUCAGAAGCAAGACCUACCAGCAACUGCAGGAUCUUAUCAAUAAUGCGCUGAACACUCUUCUGAAUGAGCCUGAAAAUCAACUUUUUGUACCCAAGUCAUCCAAUUUCACGACCACACUAAACCAUAUUGAGGGCAUUGUGGAAUAUACCUUCGAGGAUGGAGAUGUCAUAAAACCAGUCAGAUAUCUAAAUGAGCUUGGUUUGAACACUACAACUGUGUCUCCACUGACAACAAGCAGCUUCCCUGUGACUCCUCUAAAUCAAGGCAGAUCUGGCUCUGCACUGGUGACAAGCAAACUGCUGUUCAACUCCUCAUCUCCAGUCCCAAGUGAAGCUCUGGUCCUCAAUGUUAUCAGCACUCUUCUGAACUCCAGAGCAUCACAGCUCAACGAAUCAGUGAAGGUGGUGAAUGUGAGCUAUGAGAAAAUCUCAGAAACCUGCUAUGCGGUCACCUUUACCUUUAACCUAAUCAACAUCAGUAUUCCAGAGGACCCUGAGCUCAGAAGCAAGACCUACCAGCAAGUGCAGGAUCUUAUCAAUAAUGCGCUGAACACUCUUCUGAAUGAGCCGGAAAAUCAACUUUUUGAACCCAAGUCCUCCAAUUUCAUGACCACACUAAACCAUAUUGAGGGCAUUGUGGAAUAUACCUUCGAGGAUGGAGAUGUCAUAAAACCAGUCAGAUAUCUAAAUGAGCUUGGUUUGAACACUACAACUGUGUCUCCACUAACAACAAGCAGCUUCCCUGUGACUCCUCUAAACCAUGUAUCUGGCUCUGCACUGGUGACAAGCAAACUGCUGUUCAACUCCUCAUCUCCAGUCCCAAGUGAAGCUCUGGUCCUAAGUGUUAUCAGCACUCUUCUGAACUCCAGAGCAUCACAGCUCAACGAAUCAGUGAAGCUGGGGAAUGUCAUCUAUGAGAAAAUCUCAGAAACCUCCUAUGCCAUCAUCCUUACAUUUAAUUUGAGUAAAAUCAGCAUGUCAGAGGACCCAGCACUAAGAAGCAACACCUACCAGGAAGUGCAGGAUAUCACAAAUAAUGCACUGAACACUCUUUUGAAUGAGCCUGGCAGUCAGGAUUUCAAACCCAAUUCCUCCAAAUACAUGAGCACAUUAAACGUGAUUGAGGGCACUAUGGAAUACACCUUCCAGGAUGGAGAUCACAUACAACCAGUCAGCUUCUUAAAAAAGCUUCAUAUACCGGGGGGCCUAACCACAACCAAAACUCCAGUGACAAACACAAAUUCUCCACUGACUUUGGUUGGGAAGGCGAUUAUUUACAUUCGGCUCGUGUUCGUCACGCUGGGUCCCAUACCAAGUGAGAGUAAAGUUCUAGAGUUGGCAAACUCUCAACUUGAAUCACGUCUCAGAACCAAACAAGCUGUCACAACUAAAGGCCUGAGUGAUCCUGUGAGCUUUGUGAAUGUCACCUUUCAGGGAAUUUCUAAUAACUCCUACGCUCUCAACUUUGGAUUUGAAAUCAACAAUGUCACAAUGACUGAGAAACUUGAACUCAGAGAUGACACCUACACAAUGAUUCAAGACUCUAUUAACAAAUUGCUGAACCAGAUCCUAAGUUCCCCCUCAGCUACUCCGUUUGUUUUCAAAAAAGCCAAU